AUGUCUCGUGCAUUCUCUCUCUUGGUGCUCAUUGGUUUCUUGAUUCUUGUGGUUACUCCCUCUCUUGCUCGUGAUUUAGAUGAAGAUCCAUCGUUGUUGGAUUUGAAUAUAGAUGAAAAUAAUGAAGGUGAUGAUGAGAUGUUGUGGAAUAUAGAGUCACUCAAGCACCACCGCCACGGCCAUGGCCACCGCGGCGGCCGUCAUGCUCCGUCUCCUAAAAGCCACGACGGCGCAAACCAUCGCCACCAUGCUCCUCCUCCCCACCGCCACCACCAUGCUCCUCCGCCCCACAACCGCCACCAUCAUGCUCCUCCACCGGCGGAAAGCUUUUGA